AUGCUCCUUAAAAGCCAAGAUGAGAGACCUAAGGAUAGAGAUGUCUGCAUUGCUCAAGGAGUCCAACCUCUGUUCCUCCAAACUCCACUGAUCAGACCUACUCUUGUCUCAGCAUUUCUCCAGGACUGGUCUACUCCAGAAGUACAGCACAUUCACCUGUCCCCCAGCGACUGUUCUGGUUCCAAGGCUGCAGCUUUCCACUGGACUGGUGAGAAGGUUGUCAGUGUUUUGCUCCUGGGCCUGCUCCCAGCUGCUUAUUUGAAUCCUUGCUCUGCAAUGGACUAUUCUCAAGCUGCAGGUCACUGGGGCAUGGGACAGGUGGUAACUGACUAUGUCCAUGAGGAUGCACCCCAGAAGGCUGCCAAGGCUGGCCUCCUGGCGCUCUCAGCUUUAACCUUUGCUGGUCUGUGCUACUUCAACUAUCAUGAUGUAGGCAUCUGCAAAGCUGUUGCCAUGUUGUGGAAGCUCUGA